CAGUGCUUAUGACGACAUCCUUCGCACUCCCCCUCCUCGUAUAAAACCUCCACCUCACCUCACAAAAUAAACGUCUCUUCGGCUCUCUCUUUCUCGUUUGCCCGAGAAGCUUUGUUGAUUUUUUAACACUUAGCUAAAUAAGUAGCUAUAUUCGCUUGCCAUGGAUCAACCACCAUCGUACCAGCCAGAGUGUGUCCCAAUGACAGGAAAUACGUACGUGCCCCAUGAAGACCCUCACGGAGCGGCCAACUUCCAACAUACCGUCGUCUUGGGACAGCUCCAGCCCGUUGUACCUCAGCCCAAGGAUCACAUUAUCUGGUCACUUUGCAGCCUUGUGUACGGCAACCCAUUCUGUUUCGGAAUGUUAGCUGUGUAUUUCUCCAUAAAGUCCAGGGAUAGGAAGAUGGUUGGAGACUUGGAAGGAGCAAGACAACAUGGGAAUACUGCACGCUGCUUUAAUACUGUGACCCUGACCCUGGUAAUCCUCGGGCUGCUCUUCCUCUUCAUCACCUAUGGUAUCAUCAUCAAACGACUCAUACGCUGAGUAGUUCCAGUCUUAAACACACACACCACAGAAGUUCCUUCAGCAGUGUGUACCAGAUCAUAUUUGCACUUCUUUAGUUUUUUGUUUUAGAGAUGCAAGAUGAUUCUGUUGAAGUUACAUUGAAAUGUUAUUUUCAUCAAUAAAUUGUAUUUGUUUGUAAA